AUGGAAGUCAAACCCCCGGACAUAAUUGUUGGUCUGACAAGACAACUUUCCAUCAACUGUUCUUUCAUUCGAACUGAUAUUACAAACAUGGUGAAACUAAUUUCUCUGGUCAUCACACGGUCAAAUGAGACCAACAACUUGCAUUUUUCUUACCUGGCUUCUGUGGAUGUCUUUGAUGGUCUCAAUAACGUCACUGGUGAUGUCUCGGGACUUAUAGACAACAGACAUGAAUCUUAUAUAACCCUGACGUGGAAAAGUCCAAGAUCCACUUUGACUGGGUGGUACAGCUGCGAGGCUAAUGGGGAAAAUCUACAUGGACAGGUGGUGACGUUAUCAAAAACAGCCAAAGUUAAAAUAACUAAUCCAACGAUAGAAGACCUGUUAGAUGUUCUCGAGCGACAAUCGUUUGCACUUGAACUUCAAUCCUCUCAGCUUUUAAAACUGCAACAAGAUUUAGGUCAAAUUGGCUCAUCUGUAAUUGAAAAGUGUAUAUGUUGUGACAGAUUGAACACGUCUCUUAAAUCUAUGUAUGACAUUUCUAAUUUAAACAAUGGCAGCCGCUAUUAUCUCUCUUCGGCGUCAACAGUCCUUUUAAUGAAAGAAGCCGAGGCGCAGUGUGAAUUACUGGGUGGGUAUCUGAUUGAGAUGGACAGCGAAGUGGAGUAUCUGUUCAUCAAGAGCUUCUUGGGGAAUAAUUCUGCUCACAGUGCAGUUUAUACUGGAGCGAACGACGAGGCCGUCGAGAAUAACUGGGUCAACUUCUACAGCAAGACGCCAGUCAAGUACAUCAAAUGGGAUCAAGGGCAACCGAACGACGGAAGGACUAACAAUUGUUUGGGGCUG